AUGGCCAAGAUCCUCCUACUGAUCGUCCUUGUUGCUACCAUCAUCACAGCCGUGGAAGCCACUCCUUCGCCAGUGCCGCCGGAGCAAUCGUCCGCCGAAGUUGACAAGAAGAUCAACGAGGUGAAUCUGACACUGAAGAAGGUUUUCGACGAUGUCAUCGCAUCCGUCCCGCCGGCCAAGAAGAAGGAAGCCAUAGAUGCAACUUCUAAGCAUCUCCACAUCGCCGAGCGCACCCUCGCAAAGGCCAAGGCAGGAGGCGAGGAGAAGGUAGCAACAGUCGCCUUGAAAUACGAGUUAAGCGCCAAGAUCGUCAUGGAGGCACCGCCGGCUAUGAAGCUGGAGAGGAUGGAGGAAUUGUUCAACGCGAUGGCUGCACCAAACCACAAAGAUUGCCUCACCAACGUCAACGACAAGCCCUUCUGCGAGACCGUCUCCAAGCUGCAGAAGGCCUUCAAGGAGGUCCGCGCUGCCGUCGCGCAAGGCAAGAAGGAGGAAACCAUUGACGAUGUGUUCCUCAUCAAUCAAGAAUUCGCCCCCACUAUCAGGGCUAUCAACAAGGCGUACGCGGAUGGAGAUGACAAGGAGAUCGCGGCGGUUCUAGCUACCUACAACAAGUGUGCCGAUGCGAUCCUUGCAGCUCCGCCCGCUGAAAAGUUCAGAGUGAUGCAAGAGAGCAUCGCGGCCGCUUCCUCUGCAUCGUCCGGAAAGGCAUAG